CCAAAACAAAAACAAAGAGACCGACAUCAACCAUUAACCAUGAAAACUCUCGGCCUCUUCCUCCUCCCUCUCCUUCUCGCAGUCUCGGCCUCGGCCGCCUCCGUCCGAUACCUCGCUGGCGGUUGGACCCCGAUAAAGAACCUCAACGACAAGCAUGUGAUCGACAUCGCGAACUUCGCCGUGUCUGAGUACAACAAUAACGCUAACAGUUUGGCUAAGCUUGCGUUGAGCAAGGUGCUGAAGGGAGAGACUCAAGUUGUGGCCGGGAUAAAUUAUAAGCUGGUUAUAGAGACUAAGUCUGAUAAGGGUGUUGUUCGGAAUUAUGAGGUUAUUGUUUGGGAGAAGGAAUGGGAGAAAUUUAGGCAGCUUACUUCCUUUAAGCCUGUAAAGAGCUAGUUUUGAUGAUGGAAUCUAUGGUGCUAAUAAAGAUUUCUAUUUUUCAUCUU